AUACCGCAUACCACCACCAUAAGAGGCUGCUAAACCAACUUUUCAAUUCAAUAUGCCCGGUUUUUAUCAACUUGUUCUUAUGACUGUAGGACGUCACCAACUAAUAAAUAUAAUCCUGCGUUUUUAUCUGAAUUGCGCGAAAGUUAAAAAGGUCACAAUGACGCCAUAGUCUGCACAGGUGAAUAGUGCAGAGAACGGAUUGCAUGACUGGCAUUUCUCUGUUCUCGGUCUUGUCGUGGAGUCUCUGAACCUGGCGCUACUUUUCUGCUGCAGCAAAUAAGGGUGGGAGACUUUGGCUGCUAAGCAACAGUGAAUUCUGAUUUGGCUUGGUGGGGGCAGCAAUCUGACCAGGAGGAGGCGUGUGUAUGUGUGGGUGCGCACUGGAAGUGUGUGUCGUGGAGAGAGUUGAGGAGAGCUGCUGCUGCUGGCAUGAGGUGCUCAUGAGGUUUGCAGAGGAGGAGCCCUGAAGAGUAUGGACUCCACUCCAGUGACUGAACUAAAGGGUCAGUUGAAGGGGCCUUAGAAUGGGACCACUCCUCACUUCCUCACUUGUCCGAAAGUGCACUUCAAUAUCUACCUCUCAGUGACUCCUAGGCCUAUAGUGACGGCUGACUACUUAUCACUGGUAUUGCGCUGAUCUGAGUCAGCUUUAAUCAAUGAAAACCUUGCUCAGUAGACGUCUGCCUACAUAGGUAAACAGUUGUAAGCAUGGAGUUCUCCGUGGUUUGACCUUGUUUUGAGGUCUUUAGCAGUUAGCGACAUCAGCUUUCCCCACACACUCCCGGAGACCAGAGAUGAGUGUGUCUCAGCCCGGGGAACGCGUCCCCGUCGGGGGCAUGAAUGGCUCCGGAAUGAGGCUCCCCCUCCUCCGCACCGGCGACCAAAAUGGCAAUGCUUUCCCUGUCUCCUCUUCCUCCUCCUCUUCCUCCCCAGACUCCCUGCAGAGUCUGAGCAGCCUGGACGUCGACAUGGAAUGUGUGAUGUCGACCCAAAUCAAAAUGGCCGCUAUCUCACCAGCUGGGGAACUGCCUCAGACUGAGUUCUCUGAAUCCAACGACAACUCGGUGUCCGUCUACCUGGACGCUGAUGAGGACUCCUGGAACGACAACCUGACCCUCGCCAUGAGCAUUGCUGGGAUACGGGAGCAUAGUAACGGUAGCCAAGGUGAUCUUCAUGACAACGUUAGCAGUGUGGCGAGCAACAGCGGUGGGAGAAGGGACUCUUCCCCGGACUCGGCGGCCACAGAGAUCCCAGGUGACGAGGGUGAUGUUGAAGAUGAUGAGGAAGGGUUUUUCCUGUCGGUGAGCUCGGACAUGGUGAUGAGGAGAAUCAGCCUGAUCGACUCGGAGCGCCGCCCCAGCAGCGGGGUGUCCAUCCUAGAGGACUCGGACACGGCCUCCCCCUUCACCACGGCUCCCAUCCAGGCUCCACUCUCCGCCCCAUUGCCUGACCUCUGUAAGGGCCUUGAGGGGAGGAAGAGACCUCAUGCUGGGACCAUCACCAUGGAACUCCAGAACCUCCAGACUGGGGCUAGCAGCUCACCGGGUCUGCCCGAUAGACAGGCACUUCAGGUGGGGGUGGAUCUGCCCGAGGAGGGCUGCACUCUGGAUGUUCUCCCCAUGGUGGAGGCAGUGGACACCGAGCCUAUUGUGGCACUAGAGGUUAUUCUCAGUGAAACUAUAGUGUCUCCAGAUUCUGAAGGCUUCACUGUAGUCUCCCAGACCUCCACCUCAGUACAAGUCUCCAAGGGUGUGGAUUUGGCAGUGUCCCCCUUUACCGUUCCCCAGUCUCCAAACAAAGGGUCCAAAGGUGCGAGCCCUGCUUUCCGCAAGACCAAGGAACACCCGUGUGCAACUCUGGUCAAACCGAACGCCGCCAUCGCCAAGACAGCGGUCACCACGACAUCCAAACCUGGUAGGACGGACAUCAAGAGGUUCCCCAAACCCGACCUGAAGAACGCAAGUCUAAGGUCAUGUCCAGGCCCGCCUCUACAACCAGAACAGCCAAUCAGACGCAGGGAAAAACUGCUCCGGCCAAUGAAAAGAAAGCCCCAGACGGAGUCAAAAGGCAAAGGUCGUCUUUGGGUCAAACUAAAGUAGCUUCGCUGAAGCCGAGCCCCAAACCCAGACCCAAUCAAAACACAGAGCCCAGAGUCUCUAACCAAUCUGAGAAGAGGAAGAAGGGCACUUUAGUCAAUGGCAUUCGCUCCACCUCCAGCAGCUCUCUGGGUUCAGAGUUGGCUGUGGAU